AUGAUAUGUAAUGAGGCUGACGUUACUGAAGGGGAGCCUGCUUCAAAGCGCUCAAAGUACUCCAGUGGAUGCAAGAAUGACGGAUCUCUGCGGGACAGCAGUAGUGAAACAGCCACAGCUACUCGAAUGCUACUGAACCAAGGUUGUGAUGGCGCGGCAGUUGCCAACUGUCAGAAUGCUACGCAUGGGUGCACCUCGGUUAUAAACGAUCUGCCAGGAUUCCCUUUUUCCCUGGAUCCAUCCGACUCUAUGGGCCUCACUGACCAAACCUCUAAUUUUUUCUUGACUGGAAACACUUUAGACGACCACCCGCAAACAGUGAUUCAUUCUUCGAACAACGGGUACUUCUGGUGGAAAGAUACGCAGCCUUCUUUCGGUUCUCAGCACCCUUGUCCAGUGGGACAUUUGGAUAUUUCCAGUCCACCAACUUAUGGGCAGGCACCAAUCUUCUUGCACCCUUCAGUCGAGCAUAAUUAUGAACAGUCGGACGCAAAAAUUCAUCAUAUUGAGCAACUGACUUCAAGCCACAAAUCUACGAUAAUCGCUGCCACAGAAAGCGGCGAUCUGCCUCAGUCGAAUCACGACGCAUUCACCAGUGCUACCGAUAGGAGCCGUCUAACGGAGCAUGUCAUGAGCAACAACGGAUUUCAAGCGAACGCUUUUUUGGAAGAUAGUCGUUCCUCAUCUAGCCUUGACACGCCCACAAGCAAUCAGCUGCUGCACUUGAAUCAAAACAUCGAUGAAGAUCCUGAUUCACGGGUGGAUUAUGCAGGUCAACACACCAGGUCAAUAGCCGUCUCCAUCUCAGAGCAUUUGUACACCCACUCACAGAACAACGCCGUACAUGCUCCACCUUCUCUGUCGUUGGCUUCUUGCACCCUCAUUUCACCUGACCUGGUAUGUCAACCCCAGCCAGCCACACAUUUGCAUCCCAAGACAGCAGCGACCUUCAUUCCCCCGAUGUCAAACUUCACGUAUCCUGUAAUAGAUGACAGAAACCAAAGUGUUGUCACAUGCCAUUCAACUGCCCCAUCAAUACUCCUGUCUCCGUUGGAGAAUGCCAGCAGUCCCAGACCGUACUGGGACUACCCGGUCAACAUGUUACACAACACGACACCAUCAGACUCGUCCAUGGUCAAUCCAUUUGAGACAGGAGUAGGACGAUCAUUCCAUCACACUUCUACCAGUGCACAUCCACCAACACAUGUCACUUCCCUACCCAGCGAUACUACAUUAACCACUGAACCCAACUACACGGAAGGCAAAAAUCCGGACGACACCGUGAGCAAGGCAUCUGGGCGUGCUGAUGAAAAACCCCUUCGGGUAUUCGUGUGGGAUUUGGACGAAACACUGAUCAUUUUCCACACCCUGCUGACAGGCUACUACGCUCACCGCUACGGCAAAGAUCCUACACUGGCAGGCGCUUAUGGACUUCGGAUGGAAGAACUCAUCUACAAUUUGGCGGAUACUCAUUUUUUCUUUAACGAACUAGAGAACUUUUCUCUUCAGAGAACAAACAGAUGCAUUUUGGGUAACAGUUCCCAUGAAUCGGGCGAAUAUCAGUCAAAUCGGUUUGCCUAUUACCUAAUCAAACUUCAGCUUGGAAGAGCUGAACUUCAAGGUUUUUAUGGAAAACUGAAGGACCAAACUGAGCGCAUCUGA